AUGGGAUCCCAGGGCACGGCAGACAACAACUUCUGGCUCUGGGGCACCUGGGGCAAGCGAGUGAUCAAGGCCCCGUUUCUCACCCAGAAAGUGCCCGGGAAGAUUCGGGACAUCGUCAUUGGCCAGAACUUCAUCAUAGCACUCAAGGAGGACGGGCACCUGGUCUCCUGGGGCGAGGACAAAGUGGGUUGCCUCGGUUUGGGCACCGAGCAGGUGAACGUGCAGGAUCCCAAGAAGGUGAUCUUCCCCUCCGGCUUCGAGGGCAAGAUCGUGGACGUGCAGUACGGGAAGCACCACGUGUUGGCACUGACCAGCACGGGCAAGCUCUAUGCCUGGGGCGACAACAGCCGGGGCCAGCUGGGGCUCAGCGACCAGCAGAACAGAUACGAGCCCGUUGCCGUAGAGGAGCUGCGGCCCUACACGGUCACACAGGUCUUGGCCUUGGAAAACAUGAGCUACGCGCUGACCAGCCACGGCAAGGUCUAUGCCUGGGGGGACAACACCGACGGGUGUUUGGCGCUGGAGCAUGACAAGGCGGUUGUGGACAAGCCAGAGCCCAUGAUGCGCAUGAAGGAAACGGAGGUGAAGAAGCUGGUGGUCCGAGACUGCGGCGGUGCGGGAGGCAAGGGCAAAACCGUCAUUGCCUUCGUGGAGCUUGCCGACCCGCUCUCCCAGAAGGACACCAUCGGCGGCUUCGAUCGUCCCUUGGGGGGCAGCGAAACAGAUGCGGUGGUUUUGUCCGACGACAUGGAGAAGGACAUCUUUGAAGGUGUGGACCUCAUGCGCCAGGUCAUGGACAACACGCAGGACUGGUGGGAGCACAUCCUGAAAGUGCGCCACGGGUCCCCCUACACCGACAACCCCCUGCAGGUGGACGACUUGGCUGACAAGGAUUUGGACAACUGCAGCGCUAUGCAGCUGGACACCUUCGUGGGCCUAGAGGUCUUGGAGGAUGCCUCGUACGAGUUGGACAAGUUCAUCCAAUCCGCCCGCGCCCAGCUCUUCGAGAUCCGGAAGAAGAAGGGCACCAAAAACGUCAAGUUCAUGCUCUCGCUCUUCAUGGACGAUUGCAAGCUCCGGCGGGAGAAGAUCCGGCGGACCGUCGCAGCGCGACAGCUCAUCGAGUACAAGCGAGGGAUGCCGACCGGGGCUCCAGAUCUUUUGGGCAUAGGCCCAGAUCGCGCCAACUACCUGAGCAAAGAGACAGAAGCUGUAUCCUCGCAGCUCACGAAGGUCCGGAACCUGCGGACCUACGAUCUCUUUACCCGCGUGCUCCAGGAGAGUCUCUCAGAGGUGCUCGAGUCGAAGCUUCAAGUGCUGGGAUUGCAGGAGGAGGUGCUGAAGAUGAAGCAGGGCCAGAAGAUGGACAUCUCCCUCCCCGGCCUGAAGAUCCUCAUGGGCCGGUGGGCGGACUUGAAGCGCUUCUCCAUUUACAACCUCUACCAGGAGUGCAACCUCCGGGGUCAAGGCUUAGCUUUCAACUCCGACGACGAGAUGUUCUCCUUCCUGGUGGCCAGCUCCGACGCCAAGAUCGACCAGAUCAUCUCCAUGGAUCGGGACCUGCUGGUCUCCAGGGACAGCCACAUCCCAGGUCUUUGCUACGAGCUGCUGGUGGAGAACGCGGAGCUCAGGAAGAUGUGCAACGCCUACCAGCUGAAGGUCCAGUUUGAGCACGGGCGCAGAGUAGCGCAUUGGGCGGCGAGUAGCGCUGGCCGCAAAGUCGAGGACAAAAGUUUCUACGCCAGCGACUGUGUUUCACGGCGCAUCGUUCGCCUUCCGCGAUGGUCAAAAGUGGAGCGACCGCUGGGCCGGCUGGCAGGGCGGCUGGGCGGCGGGGUGGCAGGCGGCGGGGGCAAUGUGACCUCCUUCGCCUUUCCAAACGCGCCCUGGGCCUUCCACCUCCUCGCUUGCGCGGCAGGAGUUGGCUUCGUCCGACCUUGUGUCACUCUUCACUGUCAGGCCGCCUGCGGCCAAGACAUGGACGCGCUGACGCGGCUCUCGAAGCAUUGCGGCGCCGCUCGCACCUGUGCGGACGUGUGCAGCUUCGUGCUGCCUGCCGUGCUCUAUGACCUCACCAGCUGGGCCGGGGUGGCUGCCUUCGGCGCGGUGCUCGCCCUGCUGUACUUAGCGCUGGCGUUGCCACUCCACACUUCUGGGUGGGCCGACGUCCAGGAAGAGGCGCCCAACAAAAAACCGAUCCGGUGGAUCGACUGGGUGCUUUCGGGUGCUUUCGUCAGCACAGAGAUGCAGUGGAACAUGCUGAACACAGCUGUGCCAGCCACGCUGGUGGGAAACUACGCCUUCCCCACCUACGCAGUCGGAGCAGCCUUAGGCUCGGGGGCUUUGGUGGCGAUGUGCUACUUGCUGGCUUUGCCAUCCUUAAGGUGUUUGAACCCGCCGCGCCCCACGAACUUGUUGCUGAGCUAUGCCUUCAUGAGCGGCUCCUGGCUGCUCAUGCUGGCUGCUCUUCUUGGGCCUUCAGCCUUCUUCCUGCUGGGCCUUUGGCUGUUUCUUGCCAUGGCCAAUGCGUCCCAGGUGGUUCUCAUGGAAUGCUUGACCGGCGUGAACGACCCCGAGGCAUCGUCCCAGAUCAUGGGGUUCUCGGAGAUGUUGGGAUGUGGUGUAGGCAUGGCCGGCAGCUUCGCGGGGGAGUGGCUGAUGAGCUGGAGCACUUUGGCGCCCUUUGCUUGCUGCGGUUGUGGCAGCCUGUGCUGUUCCCUCAUCCUCGCGCUGGCGCUGGGCCACCGCAAGAUGCAGCGCAGCGGCGGUGCGGCGGUUUCGCGCGACUGUUGCACUGAGCUUCGGCCGCUGGCGGGCAGUGUGCAGGGCCUGAGCAUGAUCCUAGCAGACCGUGAUCACAGCUUCAUCGGCCCGGAGAUGGAGUUCCGCGCGAUGUCCCCAAGCUUGCAGCCGCGGGUGCGCGAACUGCAAAGCCCCUAG